AUGCCUGAGCAGCUUUAUGGCGACGGUGAUGGCACUGUCAACUUGCGUAGCCUGCACAUCUGCCGUAAGUGGCCCAGAGUUAAAGAGAUCAUUUUGCCACACGCUGAACACUUGCUAAUUGUCAGAGAUGCUCGAUUCAUCAGUGCCGUCAAGGAAAUCAUCGGAUGGAGGCCACUUAAUUUGGUGAACAACAAAUCACUGCGGCGAUCAAGGAAGAGUGUUAUUCAGCAGCGACAUCUACGGGUUCACUACAUGAGAAGAAGAUUUGUUGGCCUUAUCUAA